CGGUGCGCGUCGAGCGCGGGGUGGAGUCUGGGUGACUUGGCUGGCGGGAUCAAGUGCAGCUGCUUCAGGCUGAGGUGGCAGAUAGUGAGCGCUGGUGGCGGAGUUAAAGUCAAAGCAGGAGAAUAAUUAUGAAUAGCGCAGCGGGAUUCUCACACCUAGACCGUCGCGAGCGGGUUCUCAAGUUAGGGGAGAGUUUCGAGAAGCAGCCGCGCUGCGCCUUCCACACUGUGCGCUAUGACUUCAAACCUGCUUCUAUUGACACUUCUUCUGAAGGAUACCUUGAGGUUGGUGAAGGUGAACAGGUGACCAUAACUCUGCCAAAUAUAGAAGGUUCAACUCCACCAGUAACUGUUUUCAAAGGUUCAAAAAAACCUUACUUAAAAGAAUGCAUUUUGAUUAUUAACCAUGAUACUGGAGAAUGUCGGCUAGAAAAACUCAGCAGCAACAUCACUGUAAAAAAAACAAGAGUUGAAGGAAGCAGUAAAAUUCAGUAUCGUAAAGAACAACAGCAACAACAAAUGUGGAAUUCAGCCAGGACUCCCAAUCUUGUAAAACAUUCUCCAUCUGAAGAUAAGAUGUCCCCAGCAUCUCCAAUAGAUGAUAUCGAAAGAGAACUGAAGGCAGAAGCUAGUCUAAUGGACCAGAUGAGUAGUUGUGAUAGUUCAUCAGAUUCCAAAAGUUCAUCAUCUUCAAGUAGUGAGGAUAGUUCUAGUGACUCAGAAGAUGAAGACUGCAAAUCCUCUACUUCUGAUACAGGGAAUUGUGUCUCAGGACAUCCUACCAUGACACAGUACAGGAUUCCUGAUAUAGAUGCCAGUCAUAAUAGAUUUCGAGACAACAGUGGCCUUCUGAUGAAUACUUUAAAUAAUCUUUCCUCUCACUCCUUUUCAAGUUUAUAUGAUCCUCUGCUCAGUCAUUAAAGUUGGAGUUUCUCAAGGCUUACUUUUGGGUUCUUUUUUUCUUUUCAUUCUACAAUUUCUCCCUAAAUAACCUCCUCCAUGUUUCUGUUGCAGUCAAUACUUAUGUGUAGGUAACUUGCAAAUUUAUAUCUCUGAUUCAAACCUCUAGGCUUUAGACACAUGUUUAACAUCAUCUCCCAUCAUCUCAUUGCCUUCAAAUUUACUUUGUCCAAAACCAACUCAUAAUCAAUCUUUGGCUCACUGUGUUACCUCUUAGUGAAGGUAGCAUACAUCUAAUUAUGCAAAUCAUAAGUCUAAUUAUUUUCAAUGGCUGAAGUUCUUCCUCUUUACAGUGUAGCCACUCCUUCUUCAAGUCCUAUUUGUUUUGCCUCCUCUAUAUUUCUCAAAGUCAUCUGCUUCUCUGCAUCUCCACCACUAUCACAGUAGUUCAACCUAUUAUUUCUUGCCUUACCUACUACAAUGACCUAACUGGUUCACCCCUUUAUGUAGUCAAGCCCAUUUUUGAUCCAUUAUGUACAUUGUAGCCAUAUUGAUUUUUUUCACAAUUCUAAUACAAUUUGUCAUCUCUUCUGCUUUAUACUUUUUAAUAGCUUGUCAUUUCUUUUAAUAUAGAGGCAAAACACCUUAACAUAAUCGUCUUGAUUUUUCUUUUCUAACAACAUGUGCUUUCUUUUUGCCACUAUAUUCAAAUACUUUCACUCACAUCAGGACCCUUAUACAUGCUGUCCAUUCAGCCAGAAACACUUUCUUCUUUUCACAUAAUUUUUUCUCCUUUAGAUUAUAGUUCAAAGUUACUUCCUCUAGAAAGUCUUCACCUUUCUGAAGCUAAGAAGCUUCACCACAAGCUCCUAUCUUUUACAGACCUUUAGAAUAUCAGAUAUGUCUUCUUUAUAUCAAUUGUUUGACAGUUGUAAAUUUACAUUAAUUUGUGUGAUUUGCUCUCUUUCUCUAGAGUAUAAUGUUCCAUGAGAACAAGGACCUUGUUUGUUUUUGCUUAUCAUUGAAUUCUAGCACUUAGCACAUGGUACUUGACACAUAAUAGAUGCUCAGCAAAUACUUUUUAAUAAAGGCCUGCAGGUUGGUAUUACCUUGGGAGAAUGGAAUUUUCUGUAUAUUUAAAAUUAAUCUCACUAUGUUUAUUAAUAAUGAAAAAAGUAAGCAGCUAGGAAAGACUGACUAGCUUUAGCCUAAUAAUAGAACUAAAGAAGGGAGAAGCCAAGACUGAGAGGCAGAGAAUUGUUAAACUAUGGGUUAAUUAGGGACCAGCAAAGAUAUUUUGAAUUUCCAGUUAUUUAGUGUUAUUCUUGACUUGGGAAGUAAUAUUGGAAAAUCUGAUUUUUUGAAUGGCCAAGAGAACAUGGAGAAAACUCAGCUUGGUUGUACUAAAUGAGAAUCUGAGUAAAAGCUAGAAAAAAUUUUCCAGAAAUUAGUAAGUUCUAUAGUAAAUUGAGCACCUGUCUAGGAAUCAGCAUAUCAGUAUUAUAUUCCUGACUUCCUUAUCACUUAUUAGCUAUGUAACUAGUAACACUACACUUAACUUUCUUGUAACUUCAGUUUCCUCAUUGAAAGUAGAGGUCACAUUGCCUUGUAGAACUUUGAAGGGGUUCAGGAUAUUUUAUAUUUUAGAAUUUCUUUUUAAAUCUAGAAUAGUUUUUUAGUAAAACAUAGCAUAGUGAAUUUGUGUUUUUAAAACCCCUUCUGUGCCAAACAAAUAGGAACAAUGGAUAAAGUAUUAAAAGGUAAAACCCAGACAUGGCCAGAAUCAAAUAUAAGAUAAACAUCUCUAAAGAGAAGAACUGGACUAUAAACACAAAACAGUGGGCUUAGUGGAGCUGAAGCCAUUGGAUCUGAGUUCAAAAGAAGGUGAUAUUGGUAAGGAUCUUGGUACUUUCAGGGAAAGGUAUAAUAAUAUAAUGAGAACUUUUAGGGAAACUUUUAGGGAAAUAAUCAGAACUUUCAGGGAAAGGUAUAAUAAUAUAAUGAGAACUUUUAGGGAAACUUUUAGGGAAAUAAUCAUAACUUUCAGGGAAAGUUAUAAUAAUAUAAUCAGAACUUUUAAUAGUUUUAACAGUUUAAAUGUUCUGAUUCAGUGAACCUGAGUCAUACUUUCUAUUUGAAGCUAGAGAAUGCGUGUUGUUGAGGGGUAGUGGGGAAAGGGAGAGAGGGUUGAUAGAGAUGGGGAUAAAUAAUAAAAGGAGACUGGAAGAAAUAGCCAAUUAAUAAAAGAGAUUGGAAGAAAUAGACAUUUACAUAUUGACUGAGGCUACUGUGUUUUAGAAGGUGUGGGCAUAGGGUCUGUAGAACCUUGAUAUCCGUUGACUCCUUGAAGGGAUCUAGCAUAUCUCCAAUAUACCCAGAGGAUAACAAUCUCCAAAUGUGAUUAUGAAACCUGUUUCUGGUAAUGGAGCUCAGAGGACUAGGUGGAGCAAACUACAAAACCCUGUCAGACUGGUGUGAGGAUAGAGAAAAACAGAAAUUUUCCACUCAAAAUGAGCAAACUUAAUUCUAAAACAGAAGAAAAAAGUCUAAUGCUAAGAAAGUCAGCCAACAAAAUUAACAGUUAGAGCAGGGAUUCUUUCCAAAUGAAAAUCUUUUUACAGAGCAAUUAAGACAAAGACAUUUACAUAAGUACGCUAAAAACAUUCAAAGAGAUAAAUGAAGAUACAGCUUUUAAAAGAAUGAUAAAACAAAGCCAGGAAGAAAUGAAACAAAUCUAAUAGAUUAUAAAAAAGAAUAAAUUAGACUGGUCAUUGACAUUUUUAAAAAACCAAUAAAUAAGAAAAACUGUAGACUGGAUAGAGUUGAUGAAUAAAUUGGUGAAAUAGAAGAUAAUAUUGAGGAACUAUCCCAGAACACAAUACAAGAGAGACAGAAAAAUAAAAUGGGAGACCAGCUUAGAGAUAGAGAAGAUUGAGAAGACUAAACAUCACACAAUAGGAAGUCCAAGAAAGAAUGGAGGAGAUAGUGUAAAAACUUAAUCCUGAGAAUUUUCCAGAAUUGAAGAAACCCAUGAAUUUUUACUUCAGCUAAUAAGCAGGGUAAAUAAAAAUAAAUCUAGACCUCAAAACAUGAUAGUGAAACUACACAACAUCAAGGAUGAAAUAACCUUAAAAACUACAGAGAAGACAAACUACAAAAGAAUAGGCUGACAGCAGACACUCUUAGCUAGAUAGGUAAGCCAAAAGAUAGUGGGGGAAAUAUUUUUCAAGUGUUGAAGGAAUGUAAUUCUACCUAGAAUUUUAUACCCAAACACAAUGUCAUUCAAGAGUAAAAUAAUUUUCAGGCACACGAAAACAGCUUAUUGUCUGUAGAAUUUAGCAAAUGUAUUAUUAACAGACAUAUAUAUAUGUUAUAUAUAUAUUUCAGCAGAAAGAAAAGUGAAAACAGAAGGAAAGUGUGGAAUAUGAGAAACAGUAGUGAACAAAAAAAUAGAUAAAAUGUCAGGAAAUUUGAUUAACCUUUGACUAUAAAGAUAACAAGUCUGUUUCAGAUGUUUGUACAUUUGGAAAAUUUUUUUUUGAAGAUUAAAGCUAAAACUCUAGACAAUAGUUGCUGAGAGAGUAUUCAAUCAGUAGUUUAAGUAUGCUGAGAUCCAUGUCAUGUUAGGAGGAUAGAAACACUGAAUCUGACUUUAUUAGAUAAAUUUGUAGUGAGUUAUGUAUCCUAAAAUGUUAAGGGUACCAUUUAAUUAAUAAAUACAAUCUAUAGUUUCCACAUCAUCAGUGGGAAAACCAGGGAACAUAGAAAACUUUAUCUAGUAGAAAGCAGAGAAGGAGAAGUGAAAGAAAGUGAUUGAUCAACCCAAAACAGAAAAUAUGAAGUAGAAAUAAAUCUCAAUAUAUCAGUAAUAACAAAAGCAAAGCAUUAUAUCCACCUAAUAAGAAACAGAUUAUCAGAUUAGAUUUUUUUAAAAUGCCAUAUGCUGAUUAUAACAAAUUGUCUAAAAACCAUACGGAAAAUAAAGAGAUAGAAAAAAAGAUGCUAGCUAAGUAGUAAUUAUAACAAAAAUCUGGAUCAUCAAUAUCAGAAAUAACACACUUUAAGGCAAAAUGUACUCCUAGAGAUAAAGGGACUUGGUAAAUUAUGAGAAAAUGUUCAGUUCACCUGGAAGAUAAACAAUUCUGAAUUUGUAUGCAUGUAAUAACAUAUCUUCACUAUGUAUGUGUGUGUGUGCGUGUGUGUGUGUGUAUGUAUAAAACAUAACAGAAGUAGUAGAAGUUGACAAGUCUAUUUUAGUGGGAGAUUUUAUGAAUCUGUAAUCAAGCAGAAAAAAUUCAGUAAGGGUAUGAAAUCUGUAAAUACAUAAUAGACAUACCUGUUCUAAUAGUGAAUACAUAGAAUCCUACAAUCCAAAAAUGCAAAGUGAGUGGUCAUAUUUAAGGUACAUUUGAAACAUUUACAGAAAUUUACCUCUUACUAGGACAAAGGCAAUAACAGGUUUCAAAGAAUUCACUUUUUUAAUGAACAUAUUAUGAUUAUAAUAUGAAAAUAUAAAUAAAUAAAAAUUACUUUAAAAUAAGUUUAGACCUAAAUUUCA